AUGGCUGAUCAACGCUGUAUUGGAAUCAUUGGUUGCGGAAAUAUGGGCUUUGCUCUAGCUCGUCGUUUAAUUCGUUCAGGUUUCACUGUGCUAAUGGGCAGUCGAGAUGCCAAGACUCGACCACAUAUUAAUGUCGAAAUAACAUCAAUUAUCGAAUGUAUCGAACGUUGUUCGAUAAUCUUCAUUGCUAUUCAUCCUGAACAUUAUACAACAACACUUAUAUCACCUCUAGACCAGAAUCCAACAUUAUUCGACGGGAAAAUCUUAAUCGAUGUAUCUAAUCAUUUGAAUAAUCAAUUACAAGAAGACGAAUUAUCCAAUGCUGAAUGUCUUCAGGCAGGUAUUCCAAAGGCAUAUGUAGUUAAAGCAUUCAAUACGAUCUCCUCGUUUGUUAUGGAAAGUACAACAGCAGGUGAAUCGCGCUGUGUUUUCGUUGCCAGUGAUCAUUCGUUAGCAAGAGAAAAAGUGAUUAAUCUCGCACGCGAAAUGAACUUUGAAUCAUUCAAUAAUGGAUCACUCCGGACAUCUCGUCAUUUAGAAACCUACACACGAUCGCUCUUUCCUCAAUGGAAAUUGCCAAUCGUAAUUGUAUUAUGUGUGCUAUUUGUCUGGUCAUGUAUUACCAUCUAUAUGAGAUUUAUUAAGAAGAAAACUUCAUGGAAUCAAAUAUUCUUAUAUGUAAUCAAUGGAGUCUUAUGUUCAAGUGCGAUCACUUUACUAGCGCUUGUUUAUAUGCCAUCGAAUUUAGCUUGUAUAUUUCAACUAGCGUAUGGAACGAAAGACCGACGAUUUCCCAUUUGGUUAGACAGAUGGUUGCUUUGUCGAAAGCAACUCGGCUUAUUAACAUAUUUUAUUGGAUUAUGUCAUGUACUGAUGACCUUAGUACUUAUUUCACCGGCUUAUUAUUCUUCAUGGUUUCAUCCGACGUCUGUGCUUGUCUCGCCUGUACGAAACGAAACCAAAUUUAUUGUUCAACCCGGCCUUAUGACAUCUAAAGGAGAAUUGGCAUCGUUAAUGGGAAUUUUAACCAUACUUUCAAUGUCAUUGUUAGCAUUAGCAAGUAUACCAGCGAUCGGAAAUCUACUUAAUUGGAAAGAAUGGCGGUUUGUACAAUCAAAACUAGGUACUCUAACGUUAUUAUUUGCAAUUGGACAUGUUUUUGCAAUGGCAGUACCACGUUGGGUUACACUGAAAUCUUGGAGAAUAGUACUGACAAUCGGUUUUAUUUGUGUAGCUCUUCCUGUGCUUACAAUUCUAUUGAAAUUUAUAUUUUGGUUGCCUUGUUUUGAUCGACCUAUACGUCGAAUUCGUCGUGGAGAAAUCCGAAAACAAACAGUUUGA